AUGGCCGGUUGGUUCUCUACACUAAGCAGCUUCAUUUACUACCCCGCCAUUCCCGUUAUCGCCGACGACCUAGACUCAUCUAUCAGCAUGAUUGAUCUCACCGUGACCUCAUAUCUGGUUGUCUCGGCUAUUGCACCGGCUAUUGUUGGAGAUGCGGCUGACACCUUUGGCCGCCGACCGUUGUAUACCAUCACGCUUACACUCUACGUGGCUGCCAAUAUUGGCAUUGCCCUGCAACAUUCAGCUGUGGCUUUGUUGAUUUUGAGAAUGCUUCAAAGUGCAGGUAUCUCGGGCACCUUUUCAGUUGCUUACGGCGUUAUCGCCGACAUCUCGACCCCAAUGGAGAGAGGUGCAUUUGUCUCAGCCCUUUCUUUUGGCAUUACUACCGCCCCUAGCCUGGGUCCUGUCCUGGGUGGUGCUUUUGCAGCCGGCCCGGGCUGGAGAUGGAUCUUUUGGUUCCUUAUUAUGGCUUCCGGCUUUUGCCUUGUCGUCAUGACUCUAGCUCUUCCCGAAUCGCAUCAUUCUAUUGUUGGCAAUGGAGGUACCAAGCCUUCUAGGCUCUACAGGCCACUUCUGCCAAGGAUCAUGAGGCCCUGGGACCACAACCGUGGACCAGUAGCCCCCAUUACGUCAAGAAGUGGUAGCAGAUGUCCGAACCCUAUCAAAAGCUUGGGGAUUCUGACACGGAAAGACGUUACUAUCAGCAUCAUGCCUGGUAGCUUUCUUUACACUGUGUACUGCUGUAUCCAUGCUUCGCUCGCCACGACCCUAAUACAGUCUUAUCACAUAAAGGAAUGGCAGGCUGGCCUUGCAUAUCUACCCUUUGGAGUAGGCGCCAUUAUAUCAACUAUCGUGUCGAGUAAAUGGAUCGACUAUGAUUACAGAAUCGUGGCAGAGGCUCAUGGGCUUCCUAUCAACAAAGUAUCAGGAGACGACCUUUUACACUUCCCUAUUGAAAAGGCACGGAUGAAAAGUGUUUUCCCAGUCACCUUUGCUGCAUUCGCAUCUGUUCUUGCAUACGGGUGGUUGAUUCAUGCCACUGUUGUCAGUCACCCAAUCGCUGGUUUGUAUUCGACACAGCGCUAA